UAGCUGUUUAUCUGUUUUCAGUUUCGAUAGAGCACCCAUUUCUGUAUCGCUCCUGAUCAUGGUUGCUGGUAGCAAGCUGUGAUCCCUAAGCAUCAAUAGUUAGACAUGUCAAGCUCUUCCUUAGUGUUGGUCACCAAGGCAUAUUGGGUUCUAAGUAGAGACCAUUAUCUCGAUUCCGGUGAAAAUUCACCUAAUCUAACUACUUUGACUAAAUUUGCUCACUAACAAAGAAGAAGAUUUUUGGAAAUUAUGUUAUAGAAAAGUGGUGACCAGCACUACUUUUCCUUAUAAAUUAUUAAGAAAAAGGCUCCUAGCCAUCAGUCUAGGCAUGAUGCCUGAAGGCAUUUCUCCUCCUGCUCAAGAUUUCGGAGCUCAAGGUCAGGUCAUACUUCUCUGCCAGCCUCUGAGCAAAUUUGGACAUACUAGAUUUCACUUUUUGUCUUCCAGAACUGUGAAUUCCAGAUCUGCUAUGAGUGUAUUUCUGAGAAGAAAAGUCUCUCAUAGAAGGAGUUCUAGUCUCCAUGAGAGAGUAAGUUUCUCUCUCUGGAGAUAUCCUCAUUCUGAGAGCUCUCUUCUGAGUAGUCACUGGCAUAGUGGGAAGAGGAGCCUGGUCCUCUUUGACGCUAGAACAUUCAGUAUCGUAAUCAGCAAGAUUAUCUUCCAAAGACUUUCUCUUCAAAAUGCUCUUUCCAAUAACCUUGGAGGCAGUAGCUGCCUUGAACUGAAUAUUUCUGAUCUCUUUGGUAGUAGGAGCCUUCAAAAACUCCUUGACAAGGAUGCUCUUGGCCCAUUUGACUCUUGGCUUGGUCUUAGUUGUUUCACUGACUUCAGGUCUGAUAAUGACCUGUUGGUCAAGUCUUGGCUCGAAGUUGGAUGACAAGGAGCUAUUUUCGUUGUAUUUAGAGCAAUAUGCUCUUCUGUAGAUAUUUCUUGAUCCACUCAUGUUUUAAUAGUAAGGUUUAAAUUAAUUAUUAAAUUCCAUUAA